AUGAACACAUCUCUUGCAUGCCCCUUUAAUCUAAAAGUUGUGUACAGGCAGAGCAUGAAUGCCAUCUGCUAUCCUUGAGUUACCACCGGCAGACAAAACAUCUACAAGAUACCAGUGUAGGCGGCUUUUUUGAGCAAGGUUAUUUACCCUACAGAGAUCACUGUUCCCACAGACAUUCUUUUGUGGUUUUGUGAGACAACUCACUUGAAUUCAAGAUGGAGAAGAGAGUGGUUCUGAUUACAGGAUGUUCUUCAGGAAUUGGGCUGGGCCUAGCCGUACGUCUAGCCUCUGACAGCUGCCAAAGAUUUAAAGUCUAUGCCACCAUGCGUGACCUAGCCAAGAAGGAGUGUCUGCUGGAGUGUGUACGGGACUGCCAUGUAGACACCUUUGAGAUCCUCCAGAUGGAUGUCACGGACCAGCAAUCUGUGCUGGCCACCAUAGAGAAGAUCAAAGAGAAGCGGGUGGAUAUUCUUGUGUGUAAUGCUGGUGUUGGUUUGAUGGGUCCUAUUGAAAGUCACUCAUAUGAAACAAUUAAGAACAUUUUCGACGUCAACCUUUUUGGGACAAUUGGUACUGUUCAAGCCUUUCUGCCUGGGAUGAAGCAGAGAAGGUCUGGUCAGAUCAUUAUCUCUAGCAGCAUUGGAGGACUGCAGGGUGUGCCUUUUAAUGAUGUGUAUUGUGCCAGCAAGUUUGCAGUGGAAGGCUUCAGUGAGAGUCUGGCUAUUGUCCUGCAGCAUUUUAAUAUACAUGUGAGCCUCAUUGAGUGUGGCCCAGUGAACACCAGCUUCAUCAACAAUCUACAGAUAUGGGAGCCCAGUGACAGUCAUCUGAAGGGUGUGGACAGUGAGACUCUCAGCCUCUAUACACAGUACCUGCAGCACUGCCAAACGAUCUUCCAGGAUGUGGCACAGGAUACAGAUGAGAUUGUGCAGGUGUUUCUAGAAGCAAUAGAGGCUCCAGCCCCCUCCCUCCGAUAUUUCACAACACAGUUCUUCAUGCCUCUGAUCAAGCUGAAGUUUUCCAGCUCAGGUGGCUCUGAGUACCUGCAAGCCAUGCACAAGUUUGUGUUCUCUGGAUUGAAGCCCAAGGAGGAACGGCAGUAACACCUGAUGAUGCCCCUCCCCAGCCAGACAAGUUAUAUGCUCACUCGGAGGAAACCUCCUUCUGUCCCCACAUGUACUCACCAUGGAGACAUGUAAAAUCCCAGGGUCAUGGAUGAUGCAUCCAAUCCUGCCUGGGUGUAAUUGUUUUAUUUAUUCAUGAAGGAGAAUCAGCAAUGUCUAACUAAGUAAUAAAAUAUCAUAUACAGAGAGAUUUAUAA